GUGUCUCCUUCUUUCUAUCUCGUUUUCUUUUUUUUUUUAUUGUCUUUUAAUGUCUGUGCUUCAUAAUUCACAAAUUUGUUAGGGUUUUUGUUUGAUCUUGUUCUUGCUCUUUUUAAGUUUUUUAUUGUUUAAAUUAAAACCAAUAUUUGAGCUCACAGUUGCCAAUAUAUGUAAAAGUUACAAAUAGAGAUAUGAAACACAAGGAGGAGGAGGAGGAGGGAUUGGGGGAGAUGACAGCGUUGUGUGUCAACGAGCUGCCAUUGGGAUUCAGAUUUAGACCAACUGACAAAGAGCUAAUAGAUUUUUACUUGAGAUUGAAGAUUAAUGGCGACGAUAAGGUCGGAAAAGUUAUCCGCGAGAUUGAUGUCUGCAAGUGGGAGCCCUGGGAUUUGCCUGAUUUGUCUAUCAUACACAGCAAGGAUCCCGAGUGGUUCUUCUUCUGCCCAGUGGACAGGAAGUACCCGAAUGGUCAUCGUUUGAACAGGGCUACCGGGGCCGGCUACUGGAAGGCUACCGGGAAGGAUCGCAAAAUUAAGUCAGGAACAAACUUGAUUGGAAUGAAGAAGACCCUUGUUUUCUACACCGGACGUGCUCCCAAGGGUAAAAGGACUAAUUGGGUCAUGCACGAGUACCGUCCAACUGAGGAUGCCCUUGACGGCACAAAACCUAGCCAGACUGCCUUUGUGCUUUGCCGUUUGUUUAAGAAACAUGACGUGACUAUUGAAGCAACUGUUUCAUCUCCAACCACAGCCACUGCGACCCAGUACUCUCCAGAUGAUACUCUGUCUGAAGUAGCUCCUGCUGAAGUAUCACCCGUAAAUGUUGUAUCUUCUGAUGUCACAACACCCAUUGAGUGUCACAGCAAGUGCUAUAAUCCUUGUGAUGUGGAUAGUCAGUCAGUAGAAGAAAAGGUCAUUGAGGUGGAUCCACAGCUGGAAGCAGACUUGAAAAUGUUCUAUGAUCCAAUUGCAGAGCCUCUGGAUUACACGUUAUAUUCCCCUCUGCAUUCGCAGGUACAAGCAGAGCUGGGUCCUUCCACUUAUUACCCUGUAACUGGUGGCUUCAUCAAUUGGGACAAUGGGUUGCAACCCCACUGUGGAACAAAUGAAGCAGAUGCCUAUUUAUUAUUGGAUUCCAUGCUUGAGCAUUCAGGUGGAUUUUCCAAUGAAGAAUUUGAUGGUCAGGCAAAUUUUGGUGAGGAAGGUGAGACCCGAAAGAUCUUGGCACCAGCCCAAGAUGGUGGAUCAUGCAGGGAGUCAGAUGCAGAAAUGGCUCAAUGGCGGUUUCAGCCAGAGCCUCAGGGUUAUGUUUUGUCUGAGGAUGAUAUUGACUUUAGGACCUCAUUUUCAGAGGUCCCGCAACCCAUUUUAGAAGAUCAGAAUACUCUAAUUUCUGGCAGUUUUUCUGCUGAGAAGCAUAGCAAUAUGGCUUCCUUGUGUUGUGAACCCAACAAACAGGUUGACUUCUUGCGUUCUGCUGCAAAACUAAGCAACAAUAUGAGCCUAGGUUGUAAUGUGGACUGUAUGGAAACUGGAAUCAAGAUUAGAGUUCGUGAGGAGCGAAAUCAGCGAUCUACUUGGAGCUCUGCGACGCAGGGUGUUGCGCCUAGGAGACUACUACUGCAGCGUAAACUUCAAAGCAAGCUAUUUUGCUCAACUGGUGAGUCCAGAGAUGGGAGGUGCUGGGCAGAAGAACAAAAAACAGAACAGCAUACCAAAGAGGAGGUAGUAGUUGAGGAAGGAGAUAUCACGUAUUAUGUUGGCAAUGUCUUUGCUGCUGCUGCUGCUGCUACUAAUGACAUGUUUGAAACUGAAAAGACGUCUCUUGUAACUGCUACUGCUGGAAAGAACAUUGAAUCAUUGCAGGAACUAGUUCAACGAAGCAGAACAAAUUUGUGGUCAGUGAAGCUUGUGCCAACUAGCAGAAAGAUUGCAUCCAUGGUCUCGGACACAAGAGAGUGUGGCUUCAACUACUACAUCUGGUCAUUUGCUUACAUAUUUAGGGUAGUGAUUAUUAUAGUUUUGUUUAUAAUCUUAGUGGGCAAGUGGAGAGGUUCUAAGUUCUGAAACUGCCCCAAAGCAUAUGUACAGUUGAAUAGAUUUUACAGGUGAAUGGCUCUAUGUAUAUCUAAUUUGGUGCUAUGUUGGGCCAACAUUUUCUGUUCUCUACUGAUGCCACACUCUCCUGGCUUUUCCGUGUUCUGUUUCUACCGAAGCAUUGUUGAUUGAGAUAUUUGAUAUUUGAUAGAUGCAAAGAAUACUGAGAUUUUUUUAUCA